AUGCAACAGCAAACAGCUGGUGCUGCAUUUCUUGUUUGUAAUAGUUUAAAACGUAUGGUGCAUCCGGAAGUUGGUCCUACACAAUUAAGUGAGGGUGUAAAAGAAGGCUACUUUCUGGUUAAUCUUUCCGCCGUGCAAAACUUUCACAUCGGUCCUGAAUUUUUCGAAUCUACCUUUGCUGUCAAUGAUGACUUGGAACGUAUGGACACUCUAUCAGAUAAUGGACAACCUACAAAUCUUGCGGAUGAUCAAGAAAUUCAAGAUCCCGACGUCUUAUCGUCUACCCGUCAUAAUAAUCGUAGUCAAAUGGAAGACGCUGAGGAAGAGUAUGAUUCUGAGUCGGAAGCAGAAGCAGCAGCGGCAGAAUAUUACAGAUCAAGUAGACGAUUUUCAGAUUCUAGUGACGAUGACGACGGAUUUAAAAUUACAGAACACAAAAAAAACAGCAAUACAGUAACAUCUGUUGACGAAGAAAUCAAACAAACUGACCAAGUUAUUUUUGACGAAGAUGGAAACGAAAUUGACGAAGACUUAGAUAGAAUACAUAGAUAUGUAGAAGAAAUUGAAAAGGAAAUAGUUCAACAGUCCAGUAACACUGUGUCGAAAGAACAUGCUCAAAGUACAAAUAAAAACACCGCAACAGAGGAGUCUAGUGAAGCUGCCUCUCGAUCUGACAGCCAAUCAACAAAACCGAAGUCUAGAAGAAUAAUUCAACCAGUAAAUACCGAUGAUAUAUAUGUACCACACUUAACUAAUAACUUGGAAAGUCUCAAGUCGCGUGACAAAGGAAAAGCUCGUGAUUAUGGGAAUACAUCUCAUAUCCAAGACAACGUGAAUCAUCUAUUGACAUCAUCAUCGGCGGAUAUACAGUGUCAAGCAAAACUGUUACAAUGUUUUAAAAUUUCAUGGAAUUUACGCAAUUACGACCCUUUCUGCAAGACAAAAUGCAGCAUAAGUUAUAUCGAUCGAUAG